CUGGCUACCCCGCACCACCGACUUCCCCACCUUCUACCCUUGCACUCUCCACUGUCUACAUACCCUCGCCCACCUUCUCUUUCCCACUCCCACUCCUUGCACGCAUCUCCUUGCCAUCACCACCAACCACGAUCUUUCCUCCAUCCCCCCCACACACCCUCCACUUGUCCAUCUGCCGCAUCUGGCCCUCUGUCCGUCAAUCAGUCCUUCGCGGCCGUCAUUCCAUCGACGAUCCUUCGCCUCAGAGCUCUCUCUCUAGCUUACAACUGGCGCUUACCUUACCUUCCAAGACGAGUGGUGUAGUAUCUCAGCGAAGCUCACCAUGACUUCAAAACCUGACAAGGCCGACCUCUAUGCCAAGGAAGUGGAUAGAGCUAGGCUCAGAGGUGACUGGACUGGAGACACAGUUGGGCAAGAGGCGAAAGGUAAAGGGGUAGGCUGGUCGGAACUGCUGAGGAAGUAUGGAAAGCAUAAUAAUACCAAGCAGGGAGCCCUCGCUAUCAUCACUACCGAGCAAAGCCUACGGAGCUCACUCGUCGCCUUUUACCGAGAGAAGGAAUACAGCGACAUUUCUCACGAAGCAGACGAUGCCUCGCCCAAGGAGGGCAAGACUCUCUUCCCGCCCAACGUACCAGCAGAUGGCACAGGCCAUGGCUGGUCCGGUUCAGACUAUGAAAAGACGGCCGCCCAGCUGGAGACCUACGCCUCGGACACACGUCAUGACGAUGGCAAGCAACAAGGUGUGGUGGCCAUGUAUGCCCACGCUCUCUUCACACUCGGCAGAGAUGAAGAAGCCGUGGGGCUUCUGCAUGACUCGCGCUUCUUAGAGACUGUCAAUACCGAUCAGGUCAGGCCUGAGGAGCAGAGUGAUGAGUAUCAGACAGCCCUGUUCAUGAUGGGCUUUGUCACCUACGGAAUGGCAAAUGAGCGUCUGCACACGCUGCGCCCAAAUGCUGGCUACCACCCAUUCGCUUUUGCUGGCUAUGCACGAGCCAUCGAGCUGCACGAAGAACUCCGUGGAGGCAGGAGAGCCAAAGCCUUGCCAGGUUUGCCAGAGGACGAAAUCGAACGGUGGGCUGAGACUGCCCUCUACCGUAAUGCCCUGUUCAGUGUCCGAGAGGGCGACGUAUCCCUCGGCCUCAAUGCUCUCAGAGCGUACCAAGCGCAUGUCACUCGCUGGCCAAAGGACUUCAGGCUACCUCAGCGCAAUGUCAUCAACCGAACCUACCUACGUGAGCUCAACACCGGUCUCGAGCUAGGCCACUAUGCGCCUCCUCCUGCUGCGCCAGGCAAGAGUCACGACGACUGGCGGAGUCAAGCAUAUCAGCGAGCUGUCGUGGCAGGUGUGGCGUCUCGUGUGUACAUUCGAGACUUUGUGUCUGAGCGAAGCUCCAAGUCAAACAUGGGCAAGCGACACGAAUCCUAUGGAUAUGGAACAAAGUCGUUGGCAUCUCGAACGGUCUCGAAGCGGAGACCUUUCCCCUUCAGGAACCUGGGCGCGCCUUCGGAUCUCUGGGCAAAUGAGAUGCAGACAGUGUCCAAGAUGGCCGCUGCCAAUGUUUUGCGCUCCUCUGACUUUCCCAGGGCUGGCAAAGUCAACUUGUCUGCGCUUCUGCUAGCCGAUGAGCUCUUCAAAGGAUGGCAGUUCAACGGAGAGCUAGGAGGAGUGCACGCUGAUGAUCUCGUAGAGAGCAUGUAUACCCUCAGCCGGCUCACUUUCCACUCUCAGCGCAUCAGCCGACACCUCUUCACUCUACUUACGGCCUCUCAAGCUUAUGCAGAAGCACGAUGCGCUCUAGAGCUUUACAUCUCCAUUGUAGACAAGGCUCGUGAGGGAGAUGCGGCGGGCUCGGCUGCUCUGGUUGAAGAGAAUGCCCUGCGGGAAAAGAAGCAAAAGGAGGAAGGCUACGAUCUAGACGAGGUCGUCAAGAAGGAGAAGGAAGAGGAGGACAAGGACCCAGAAGAGCAAGAGAAUGGUGACCAGAAGAAGAAGGAGCAUGGAGGUGGAGUGAGCGAGAAAGCAAAGAAGGCAGCGAGCCAAGUCUCGGUGGAUUCAGACAAUGACGCUACCUUCGUUGCUACGCUCCUCGCCGGAGCUCACGUCCUCGCCAAGUACCUCAAUGAUGCUACCGCCGCCGACUCGAUGGCAAAGAAGGCUUUGGCCAUCAUCACAAAGGAAGAGAAGAAGGAGAAGGAGAAGGAGAAGGGAAAGGAGGAGGAAGAGGAGGAGGAGAAGGAGCAGGCCACCCCGGACUUCAGCCCUGAACACGUAGCUCGCGCAUACAGGAUUGCGGGAGAGGCUCGAGCCAACUGGGGCCUCAAGACUGUUGCGCCCGAGAAGCUGGCCGCCAUUCAGGCCGAAGCUCUAACCUUGCUUGAAGAGUCCCUCCGUCUGGACGCGCAAUCAAGCGAAGGAUGGUUCGCCCUGGCCUAUCUGCAGGCGCAGAUGGGUGAGACCAAGGUAGCUAUUGGCUCGGUCAGAAAGGCAAUUGAGCUGGAGCCUGCAAAUGUCAAGAGCUGGCACUUGCUGGUCCUCCUCGUCUCUUCCACAAAGGACUUCAAGGCUGCUUUUGAACUUGCUGAGGUCGCCCUCGAUGAAGCGGAAGCCGACGAUGAGGCGGAUAGUGCUCAGCAAGUGAAUCAAGCUGCCACUAUGAAUGGCAAUGGUCACACCAACGGGGAAGUCUCACAGCCCUCGCGGACACAGCUAUUGAGCGUCGAUUUCCCUCCUACGACCUUGGAGCGAGCCGAGUCUACUCUCCAGCUCAUGAUGACGCAGAAUGCCCUCGAAGAGCUCAUCUCCGGGGCCGACGUGGCCAUUGCAUCUCAAAAGGAUCUCUUCCUCUUCUUCCACGAUCGAAUCGCCUUCCACCUCGAAGCGGGUGCGAGCAACCGUGGUGGAUUGCCAGCAGCAGCAGCAGCAGCAGCGCAGAAUGGGUCUGCUGCUGAAGCGUCACACGCGUAUGGUCUGUCGAGACUGCUGAGUCGUAGUGGUCAGGGAAAGAAGGGAGAUGCUGGUCAAUCUGGCCUGGGCCAGAGUGGGGCUGCCACCAACGGCACUAGUGGUAGCUUGCGUGGAAUGUCACGAAGCGGAUCACAGGCACAGCAAGGUGGUCCAGAGGGGGAAGGGGCGAUCCCUCUCGACGGUCCUACCGGCCCCAGCAUCAGCGCCGGCAACGGCAGCAGUAGUGCUGCCACUGUCUCGCCGCAGAACCCACUAGGCACCUCUGCCACCCCAGGCGAUGCCCGCAAGCUGUACCAGCUUCACCGCGAAACUUCUCUGCUGAGCGACCUCUGGCUCCUCUCCUCUGCCUCUUUCCGUCGAGUGGGUCAGCUGGCCCAAUCGCGCACUGCAAUUCAAGAGGCAGAACGUCUGGACGCCGGCCGGCCACACCUCUGGACUCAACUUGCUCUCCUGAGUGAAAAAGUCGGAGAGGUAGCCCUAGCGGUAGAGGCAUUACACAAGGCUCUGGCGUGUGAUAGAGACUAUGUACCGGCGAAUGUACACCUCGCUCGUCUCUUCCUCACGAGGGGGGAUGAAGUCCUUCCUGCUACAAGGCCCAAUACCUCUCUUCACCAAGGAACAGAAGAAUCCCCUUCCCACGCAAAAGACUCGACGCGUAGUAGAUGUAUCGCAGGCGAUCUUUCUGACCCCGAAGGGACUACCGGGAGUGCCGGAGCUGGGGCUGGAGCCAACCCGAAGUCCUCUUCGGUAGAUUCAGCCCGUACAGCCCUCGCGGCGGCCUCUGCCUCUGCUUCCGCUACCGCACCCGCAGACGCUUCGAGCGUAGGGGACGUCCUGGAUUCUGCUGGUGCAAAGAGUAUCGCCACACUCUGUCUUGCCGAAGGACUACUCUUGACCACCACUUCUACCCCUGCAGCGAGCGCAAGCGGAGCCAGCGGAGCGAGCGCAGCGAGCGCAAGCGGAGCAGGAAGUAGUGGAGUAGGAGGAGCACAAAGUCCUGAAGCUUGGUUAUUCUUGGGACAAGUCUAUGGACGUACAGGUAGGAGGGAGAGGGCUCGAGAAUGCCUCAGGUAUGCUUUGAGAUUGGAAGAGAGGAGAAUGGUUAGAGAUUUGAGCGUGCUGGGACUUUAGAGGAAGAGGAAGAGGAAGAGGGCAAGGGGAUUGAAGGAUGGAUGGAUGGAGGAGACGAGGGAUGGGGAGGGAGAGGGAGAGGGAAAGGGGUUGCGGCUAUGCUAUGCUUUUAUUUUGCUCCUGGUUCUGAUUCUGAUUCUGAUUCUGAUUUGGACGAGGCGAGGAAUUUCCUUCGAUACCAGCAGUACACUCGAGAAACUUGUCUUGUCUUGUAUCUUUUUCCAUCUCGAUUCUAUAUCUCUCUUCUAUUGAACAAAAAGGGGGGCGUUCUUUGAAAAAAGUCGUAUCAGUCGU